GACUCCAGGAAACACAUAGAAAGAAGAUCAACACCUGUUUGUCUUGGGCUCCUCCCUCCCAGAGCAGCACCUGUUACGUAAUGGGCACAGUGGAGUGUCGGCUGGACGCUGACUGACAGGCCAGGCCUUCCGCUCUCCCUUACAGAUUGAGUCUGCGGACCUCACGGCUGGCUCCCCCCUAGUAUGGCCAAUGAAGAGGAUGACCCAGUCGUACAGGAGGUCGAUGUGUACUUGGCCAGAAGUCUGGCGGAGAAGCUCUAUCUGUUUCAGUACCCUGUGCGCCCCGCCUCGAUGACCUACGAUGACAUCCCGCACCUCUCGGCCAGGAUCAAGCCCAAGCAGCAGAAGGUAGAGCUUGAGAUGGCCAUCGACACCCUGAACCCCAACUACUGCCGCAGCAAAGGGGAGCAGAUCGCGCUGAAUGUGGAUGGCACCUGCGCAGACGAGACCAGCACCUACUCCUCGAAGCUGAUGGACAAGCAGACAUUCUGCUCCUCCCAGACCACCAGUAACACAUCCCGUUAUGCUGCUGCGCUCUACAGGCAAGGUGAGCUCCACCUGACGCCUUUGCACGGCAUCCUGCAGCUCCGGCCCAGCUUCUCCUACCUGGAUAAGGCCGACGCCAAGCACCGCGAGAGGGAGGCAGCCAGCGAGGCGGGGGACUCUUCGCAGGACGAGGCAGAGGAAGAUGUGAAGCAGAUCACGGUGCGGUUCUCCCGGCCCGAGUCGGAGCAGGCUCGGCAGCGCCGCGUGCAGUCCUACGAGUUCCUGCAGAAGAAGCAUGCUGAGGAGCCCUGGGUCCACCUGCACUACCACGGCCUGCGGGACAGCCGUUCUGAGCACGAGCGCCAGUACCUGCUGUGCCAGGGCUGCAGCAGCGCCGAAAACACGGAGCUCGUCAAGUCGCCCAGUGAGUACCUCCUGAUGUUGGUGCCGCCCAGCCAGGAGGAGGAGAAAGACAAACCUGUGGCCCCCAGCAACGUCCUGUCCAUGGCCCAGCUGCGCACCCUGCCCCUGGCCGAUCAGAUCAAGAUCCUGAUGAAGAACGUGAAGGUCAUGCCUUUUGCCAACUUGAUGAGCCUCCUGGGCCCCUCUGUGGACUCCGUGGCUGUUCUGCGUGGCAUCCAGAAGGUGGCGAUGUUAGUCCAAGGAAAUUGGGUGGUGAAGAGUGACAUCCUGUACCCCAAGGACUCCUCCAGCCCUCACAGUGGUGUGCCCGCCGAGGUGCUCUGCCGGGGCCGAGACUUCGUUAUGUGGAAGUUCACUCAGAGCCGGUGGGUGGUGAGGAAAGAGGUGGCCACAGUGACAAAACUCUGUGCGGAGGAUGUGAAGGACUUUCUGGAGCACAUGGCCGUGGUGAGGAUCAACAGAGGCUGGGAGUUCGUCCUGCCGCACGACGGGGAGUUCAUCAGGAAGCACCCCGACGUGGUCCAGCGGCAGCACAUGCUGUGGACGGGCAUCCAGGCCAAAUUAGAAAAAGUCUAUAACCUGGUGAAGGAAACCACGCCAAAACAGCCGGAUGGACAAUCAGGGCCUGCGGGGCUGGUGUCUGGGGACCAGCGGGUCCAAGUAGCCAAGAGCAGGGCCCAGCAGAACCACAUGCUGCUGGAACGGGAGCUGCAGCGGAGAAAGGAGCAGGUCAGGGCGUCGGCGGUCCUGCCUGGUGUGCAGAUCAAGGAGGAGCCCCUGAGUGAGGAGGGGGAGGAAGAGGAGGAGCAAGCCGUGGAGGAGGGCGAGCCCAUGGACACCUCACCCAGUGGUGGCUUCCACAGCAGGCUGACCAACGGGCUGCCUGUGGGGUGGGCCGUAGGCGGGGAUGGCUUCAAUGGGCACCCGCCCCCCAGCUGUGCCAGCCCCCCAGUGGCCCAGGAGCUGCGGGCCUUUGUGGAGGCCACCUUCCAGAGACAGUUUGUGCUCACGCUGAGCGAGCUUAAGCGCCUCUUCAACCUGCACUUGGCUAGCCUGCCCCCUGGCCACACGCUCUUCAGUGGCAUCUCGGACCGAAUGCUGCAGGACACGGUGCUGGCCGCUGGCUGCAAGCAGAUACUGGUGCCUUUUCCCCCACAGACGGCCGCUUCCCCGGAUGAGCAGAAGGUGUUCGCCCUCUGGGAGUCUGGAGACAUGAGUGAUCAGCAUCGACAGGUUUUGCUUGAAAUUUUCUCCAAAAAUUACCGAGUACGCCGGAACAUGAUCCAGUCUCGGCUGACUCAAGAGUGUGGAGAAGAUCUCAGUAAACAGGAGGUGGAUAAAGUGCUAAAGGUAUGUCUGUGUCGGGUAUAACAACAUCCAGAGGCUUCUGCUCUUACCAUGAGCUUAAGAACGAGGGUGCCCUACGUAGAUGGAGGCGGCCUCCAGUCGGCUGUCUUCCUGCCACUUGGUGAAUGUUAAAUCAGGUCCUUGGCAACAGAUAAAUGAUUGACAUUGGUGUGGUCUGUGCUGAAGGACUAAACUGAGUAAGGUAUAGGCUCCACCCUCAAAAAGUGGGUCAUCUUCAGAGUCCUGACUCUGCUCCCCCUUUCAACCCUGUACCUCUUGGAUGA